UGGAAACAGAGCAAAGAUAAACAGGGGAGGGGUGAAAAAUGAGAAUUCUUCAGCAGGCUGAGAACAAGAUGCCAUAGGCGUGGUUUUCAAUUCUUUCCUUAUGCACUCCGAGGGUCUCAGAAAAGGCAACCAUACGGUAAGUGCGCAGUAGGCUUUCUGACUGCCUAAACUUAAACCAAAUCAGGUUUAAGGUGAACACUCUCAAAUAUGGCAACUCUCAGCAGUAACAAUGAGGAGAAUUUGAAGGAGAGUCAACACAACACAGACGUAAAUGAGGAACCAAGGGAUCCUUCCAUCGACACGCUGCUCCCACAAGAUGUGUUAUGUGACUCCUGCAUGGACAGCCCCAGCAAGGCCCUAAAAUCCUGCCUGACCUGCCUUGUUUCUUACUGCGAGGCCCAUCUCAGACCCCAUCUGGAGAACACCAAAUUUCAAAACCACCGCCUGGUGGAUCCCCUCCACGACAUCGACUGUCGGACCUGCGAGGUUCAUCAACUUCCUCUCGAACGCUUCUGCCUGAUGGACGGCUGCUGUGUGUGUCUGGAUUGUGAGAAUCAGGAGCAUGAAGGGCACAUGACUGCAUCUGUUGGGGAGGCACGCACACAGAUUGAGGCAAAGUUGCAGAAGAAGCAAGAAGAGAUCAGUCAGAGUGCCUCAGCAGCUGAGAAAGCUAUUGGAAAGCUACAGAGCAACAAUGAUUUAAUUAAGUCUUCAGUGCAGGAGGUUUGUGUUAUCAUUGAACAGCAGUUUGCCAGGCUGCAGACAGCCGUAGAGGAGGCCAGAAAAGGGGCAGCGGAGGUGCUGGAGGGAGAACAGAGACAGGCCCUCAAACAGGCAGAGGGCAUCCAGGCACAUCUGGAGCAGAGGAGAACAGAGCUGAUGAAAACGUUGGCUCAUAUGAACAAACUGUCCAGGAGCAAGUCUGAUGUUGACUUCCUGCAGGAGUACUCAGAGUGGAAGAAAGGCAUGGCGGAUGUAUGUCUGCCUACUGUGUACAUCAACCGUAUGGAUCAUCUAACCUCUUAUGUCCAAGUAGUGACUGAUGCUACACAAGAGCUGUGUGACCUGAUCCUCUCCUCCUACAGGGAAAAACUGAACUUGAUUUGGAAAAGUGGUACUAAAUCCCCGAUGUCAGAAUCUCAAGCUUCACCCCUGCCUGUUCCUGAGACGCGAGAGGACUUUUUGAAAUACACAAGGAGUUUGACCUUUGACCCAGACACCACCCAUCAUUUCCUACGUGUAAUGGAGAACAACAGAAAGCUGACCAACACCAGCCCCUGGCAGCACAGCUACCCAGAACACCCAAGUCGCUUUGAAUAUUGGCGCCAGGCAAUGACCUCGGAUAGCCUUUACCUGGGGAGGCACUAUAUUGAAGCUGAGCUGAGUGGGGAAGGUGCACAUGUAGGACUCACGUACAAGAGUAUCGACCGUAAGGGGGAGCAGAGCACCAGCUGCAUCAGUGGGAACGACUUUUCCUGGUGCGUGGGAAGGAACAGCCGAGGUUUCUUUGCCUGGCACGCUGGUGUGGAGGUGCCCUUGGAGGUCACUGACAUCACAAGAGUUGGCUUGUAUGUUGACUUUCACCAAAGCUCUGUGUCUUUUUAUGAUGUCACCGGCCCUAUGAGGCUGCUCCACAAGUACACUGCUGAUUUCAUAGAGCCCUUAUAUGUUACAGCCUGGCUGUCAAAAAAGGACAAUGUAGUUUCUCUGGUUGAUGCAAAAUGAUGCAUCUUCCCAUGUUUUACCAACAAGUCUGUCUUCACUGUGAGCUUGUAAAAGAAAAAACUGUGCAUUAUAAAUGUUUAUGGAGGUUACAUAACAAGGUGCAGAAAGUUAUGGUAUGGAGGAUUUUUUUUUCACAUACACGUCAUUGAAGGAUACAUUUACUACCAUCUAGUGGUAACUGUGCAGCAUGGACGAAAGAAACCCGUGCAGCAGUAGGUGUGUUUGGAAUUUACUGCAGCUUUAUUGCAACUUCACUGCUCUUGAAUGUGAUAUGAAUGAAGAAAAAAAGUACACAAAUGUCUGCCAAUGAGUACUUUAUUUCUCUUACAAGUGCAUUUGGUUAUUAAAAGCUUCAGUGUCUGUCAGAACCUUUAUAUGUUUAUUUACGUAGCUGAAUGAUAAAGCUUUAGUACAGGUCUGUAAAAUCAUCAGUUUAAUACAAAGGUACAUUGGAAAUUAUUAACAUACCUUACGUUCACUGCAGUCAACUUCAUGCAUUGAAAUCAGUUUCAUUCUCGUCAUAAACUGGAUUUAUGAAGUGUACACCUGUCUGAGUCAGGGAGAUUGAAUUAUUUGUUUCAGUCACAUACAGACCAGGAACUUCAGGCAUCAAGCUGGGCUUGUCGAACAUUGGAUUAUCAUAGCCAUGGUCAAGUGGACCACCAAGCUCUCCAACAUCACUGUGUCUCUUCAAGCUGCUCAGAGAUGGCAGCGGAGGCAGUGAUGGCAUUUGAACAACCCCCUUAUGAAUCAAGAGAACCAUAAUGAUAAUGAACGCAAUAAUAAUUAAAAUACCAAACACAACUCCAACCACCAUCCCAGCACUGCCUCCAGACUGACCACUGCUGCUCCCAGAGGAGGCUUCAAAUUCUGCCCCAGUGAUCCCCAAGGUAGAGCCAUGAGAUCGGGCAUCCUUCACAAUGUCCCGGGCCAAAGCUUCUGACUGUUUUCCCUUCUCUCCAUCCAGGAUAACCACCUGGAUCUCAGGUGAGGUACCAAAAGGGAUGAUCCCCAUGAACCGCUGUGACUUGAAGACUUUAGACAUGCCCAGCUGAAUGGAUUUGUAUUUUGGCAGGACAAGAAAUAGGUGAUGGAUUCGUUGCCUGUAAGAUUGCAGGUUAAAAGCAGCAGCAUAAUGGAUAGUGGCAAUGGCACCACAAACAUCACAGCAGUGUCCUAGAGGGAGGAGAGGCUUUUUACAGCUCAGAGAGGGCACAUUUUACAGUGCCACAGAUCCGCUGAUGGUUUACAGAAUUCCCACAGUCACAGCCAGAAGGAUCCCCACAGCCCGGUUUCCCAACAGUGACGGCAGAGGGUCCGUGAAACUGCAGUCGGCCCGAGCGUGAGCUGACAUACUGGGAGAACUCAGGCUGGCUAUCAAACAUCUUCCCCAGCACAGACACAGAUUUGACAGGAAUGCUAGACUGACUGGAGCUGGUGUCCACCCUGAAAGAGGAGCGGGCUUUAAAAACCACAUCAUCAUACUGGCACGGGACGCUCUCCUCGUGGACUGAGAACAGGAAGUUUCCACGCUGCAGGUCAUCGAGAGCUGCAGCCGCCUGCCACAGAGCUGGGUUGAACCACUGAAGAGACUCUGAAUCUUUGAACUGGGUUGUGACACCUGCUCCACAUCCUGGAUCUUGACCGGCCACGACAUAAAAUCCAGCUCCUGAAUUCAGGAUGAACUCUCCAUCAACUGGCAAUUUCAUCUCCUGCACAGCAUGCGUGGUCUCCACAAACACAGACACUUUUCUCUGGGCUGAAAACUUGACUAUGUCAUUGCCACACGGAACUUCUUCUUUGUCCCAGUUGGUCUUAUUCUCAUAGUUGGUGUCAGGAAUCCACUGCUUGUACAGGGCAUUCGCUGCCCCAACAAGACAGAAGAGAAGGAGCACGUCUGAUGUUUUCAGCAUCCUGAAUAAUUGUGAUGGACUGAGAGAGCAUCAGGUGAACUUUGUUUCCAACCUUGUGACAAACACAUGAGUGCACACAGCUACCCAGUAAAGUUGAUGAGCUCUGAACCACAUCAACCCGCACCAGCAGGUGAUCUGUAAAUGAUUUACAUCUGCAAUAACAGAGCUGCUUCAAGUUUUAUUAUUUUAUGGUUUUCCCUCUUUUUUAGUUUGUCAAAUUUCUAUGAACUUUCUAAAGUUCAGUAUUCAUCUGGUGGGCUUUCUUCCAUUCUCCUGUGUUUUAUAGCCAUCAUGAAAUGACAGAGAUCACUUCAAAUAGUCUAACUGCAGGGUACUGAAAGUGUAAAUUCAUCUAAGUAAAUGAUGAUAUUCACAGAUUCUUAAAAUUUCACACAUUUUUUUUAAAAGGAAAACUUUUGGACAUACUUUAAGCUCCUUUCUGCCCCUUAGGCACUUUGGAGUCAGCCUGGAAAAUUUGCUGAGGUUUUCAGUUUGAACUGUUGUAUAUCUAAACUAAUGGUUAAAAUCUCAAACUAUUAUUUAAAUUUGUACAGUGACAAACAGAUGCUUAAAAGGAAGAAAAUGUCAUAAAAUAUUAAAAUUCACUAUCUUGUAUGGA